AUGCCCGCACGCAGACUUGUUUUAAAGGCUGUGAAGCCUGGAGAAACCCAGAUCAAUGGGAUUGUUUUUGAUAUGGACGGUACACUUACAAAACCGCAAUCAUAUAUGUUUAAACAGAUGAGGCAAGCACUAGGAAUUGUGGGAAAGAAAGUUGACAUUUUGGAUUAUAUUGGUAGUUUGGAUGGGGACAAGAAAAUUGUUGCUACGAAGAAAGUCGAGGACGUGGAAAACCAAGCAAUGAUCGACAUGAAACCGCAAAAUGGUGUCAAUACACUUUUCCAUUUCAUGCGUGAAAAUACUAAUCUAAAGUUUACCAUUUGCACGAGAAACAACAUCGCACCCGUGGAUUACUUGCUCAAGCACUAUUUGGAUGGGCUUCAAUUAAAUGAUCCUAUUAUAACCAGAUCAUUUGAGCCUCCAAAGCCAUCUCCAUUACCGCUAUUACACAUCUGCAAAAGCUGGAAUGUCGGUCCAGAGACAAUGAUUAUGGUGGGGGAUUCCCGUGACGAUAUGUUUGCUGGCCUUCAGGCUGGAUUUUCUCUGGUUUUAAUGAAGCAUAAAGAUAAUGCCCAUCUUGUAGAUGAAAUUCCCGAGAUAGACUAUGUCAUCAAUGAUUUUAGGCAGCUUAUAGAAAUUUUACAGAAUGGUUUUAUAUCGAGGCCAAAAAAGCCAAGAUACGCAGCCCACACAUCAGGAUACUAA